AUGGCGGCGACUGACCGUUCCCGGUCCGAAGCUGCUAAACAGCGACGGCAGGAUCAGCUGCAGCGAUGGCUGGGCUCCGAGACGGAUCGGACGGGACCGGAUGGUCGGGAAACUUCCAGCGGCUCCGGGACGCGGCGGGCCAAAGUCCGGUUCGCCCAGGGCGCCGUGUUUAUGGCCGCCUGCUCCGCCGGGGACCGGGAGGAGGUGGCAGCGCUGCUCAGGCAGGGAGCUGACAUCAACCACGCCAACAUAGACGGACUGACAGCGCUUCAUCAGGCCUGUAUUGAUGAAAAUGCUGAGAUGGUGCAGUUUCUGGUGGAGAGCGGGAGCGAUGUUAACCGAGGGGACAACGAGGGCUGGACUCCGCUCCACGCCGCAGCUUCCUGUGGCUUCAUCCAGAUCUCCAAGUACCUGAUCGAGCACGGUGCACAUGUUGGAGCAGUGAACAGUGAAGGUCAGCUCCCUCUGGACGUGGCCACUGAGGACGCCAUGGAGAGACUCCUCAAGGGGGAAAUCAAGAAACAAGGCAUUGACGUGGACAAGGCUCGUAAGGAGGAGGAGAGGAUCAUGCUCCAGGAUGCCAUGGCGGUUUUGGCAGGGAGUGGCACUCUCACACCUCACCCAAACACCAAGGCAACCGCUCUGCAUGUCGCUGCUGCCAAGGGCUACAUUGAAGUCCUGAAGGUGCUGUUGCAGUGCGGGAUAGAUGUGGACAGUAGGGACAUUGACGGGUGGACAGCCCUGCACGCAGCAGCUCACUGGGGGCAGGAGGAGGUGUGCACCCUGCUGGCUGACCACAUGUGCGAUAUGAGUGCCGUCAACAAUGUGGGCCAAACCCCUCUGGAUGUCGCUGAUGAGAACCUAGUAGACACUCUGGAAGAGCUACAGAAGAAACAAAACGCUUUACGAACUGAGAAGGAGAAACAGGCUCCUGUUAUUGAGACCAACCCGCAAAUCUCCAUGGUACCAGUCCGCACACGCAGGACCUCUAUUUCUCGUAUGAGCAGCAAGGAGAAGAUCUGCCUGCAUGAGCGGGAGAAGCACCCCCCUCCAGCUCUGCAGAGCAGCCCGGCUGAGGAAGAGGAGGAGGAAGGCCAGACGGGCCAGAGCCAGUCCCAGACUCAGGCUAAGGCGUCCAGCAGCUCCAGCUCAGAGGAGGAGAGUGAGUCUGAGAGCGACGCAGAGUCAGAGAAAGCUAAAAACCGAGAGAUCAUUAACAACUUGAACAACAAACGCAACACCACCGCCCUCCUUGCUACCUCCAUGUCAGCCAGUACUGCAGCAAACCAAGUGAAGAAGCAGGAACCAAGCAAGCCAGCGGUCACCGAGGCCCCUGGCUCCUGGAGGACAUCUCUGCGGAAAGCGGGCAGCUCGGUGACUCUGGGUUCGGCUGGGGUGUGUGACUCAAGCCAGGACUCCAUUAGACCUGCAGAGUCUGUUCUGGGCAUGCCCCGCUCUGCCUCUAGCCCCCGCCUCAGCUCCGAGGCCGACAGCAAGGAGCCAAGGCUUGCUCGGGUCCCGCCUACUCCGACACGUCGACUUUUCAGUAUUUCGGACAGCAACCCUGACAACUCCAACAGCUGGCUAAGCCGUAGCUCUUCUUACACCCGGCGCCUUUAUAGUCAGUCAGGGAGUGAUCUCACUAGCUCCAACCCCGCUUUGCCUCGCAGCUCAUCUUAUGGAAGGAGACUGGAUGACCCCACGGUGACCUCAGCUAGCACAGGAACAGGCUUUGCUGGACUCAGUCGCCUCAAUAAUCUAGUGACCCAGAGACUCGCUCAGGAACAGACGGAGAAGAAGGACCAGCCCGCCGUCACCACCUUCACCUCUGGGAUCACGACCGCAGGCGAGUCGGAGACGAAGCAGAGGCGCAAAUCCUAUCUGACACCAGUGCGGGAUGAGGAGGCAGAGGCGCAGAGGAAGGCUCGCUCCAGACAUGCCCGGCAGUCCCGCCGCUCCACUCAGGGGGUCACACUAACAGACCUGCAGGAGGCAGAGAAAACCAUGAAAACGGACAACAAAGGGAGGGAGAAGAAGGAGGAGGAAGAGAAGGAAAAAGAAAAGGAGGUGAAGCAGAGGAAGGGAGAGGAAGGGGAAGUGAGCUGGAGGUCUCGCAUUGCCAGCCUGCAGAAGUCGGACCUGCUGGGUCUCACGCAGCCGGCAGGCACUCCUCGGCCACACAGCUCCGACAGGAGAGAUGCUGAGGCCAACACAGGGGAGAGUGAGACGGAGCGGUGGGCCAGGGAGAGCAGGGAGAGGAGACGAGCUCGGGCCAGGAGGAAGGCGCUGAGGGCCGGGGAGAGUGAUGACAAUGAUCCCAGUGGAGAGGAGGAGUUCGCAGGCAGUGGACUGGAUCCGCAGACCGACCGACACUUGAGUUCCAGGUCUGACAUAUCCUGUAACGACUGUAUUCAGGGAGGAGGCUCUGAGACCAAGGAUUACAAGAAGCUGUUUGAGGAAGUGUCCAGAGAGAACAGCCAGCUCCAGUCGCAGCUGCAGGACACCCAGAGGAUUGUCAGCCAGACCAGACUGGACCUGGAAAAGGCAACACAGAGACAGGAGCGCUUCAGUGAUUGUUCGGCCCUGCUGGAGCUGGAGAAAAAGGAGCGGAGGAUGUUGGAGCGGCGUAUGGCAGAGCUGGAGGAGGAGCUAAAGGUUCUGGGUGACCUGAGAGCGGACAACCAGCGCCUUAAAGAUGAAAAUGGAGCACUGAUCCGUGUCAUCAGCAAGCUCUCCAAAUAGAUGGGGGGAGAGAGAGAGAGACGUGAGAAGUUAGCAGGGAACCCCCCCUCCCUCCAUCCCUUCCCACACUCCUCUCAGUGCCAAAGAGUGAGAGCCGAGGAGGGGGGCAGAGAAGCAACAGAAUGUCCUACGUAAAUGAGCACCGUAACUUGACUUGGAUUGUGAUGCCUCUUUAUAGUCCUGAACAGUUGGGAGUGGAUUUUGUGUGCCUUUUUUUUUUUUAAUGUGCGUUUCUCCAGGAAGACCUAUGGCAUGAAGGCCUGUGGCUCUUGGUCAGAGGCUCCCACAGCAGCUACAUGAGACUUGACAACGGCCAAAAUGUCCAUGGCUUGUGCAACACAGAAAAAAAAAAACACACUAUCUACCACUGAGCAUCAGGGAACUCUAAUAUGCACACACAUUCCUAUGCGUGCAUCACAAACAUCCUCGAUGCACAUUCCACAAGCACCCGAGGAAACUUGGCCCUUAUAGCUCCCACUUCGUAUUUAAUUUUUUUGUGAACACAGUCACACAGCAUAUUCAUGAGUUGACCCCACAAUUUACUAAUAAUCCUAGCCCUGUUCUAAUGUAUCCACAAAAGGCACUAAACAUUUUGAUGUAGUUUACUUGAGCAACACAAGCUCCACAGUUUUCUGGGCUGAAAACUCAUUUCAGGCUCCUAUUUUUUUUUUACAUUCAACAGUGUCCUGAUUAAAGGGGAAGUCCGUGAAGCUCUGUUGGGUAGCUUCAUUCCACAUGCAAGUGUUUGAACCCACCUACCUCUCCACCUAUGCACUUCCCCACAUAAAUAUAUAUAUUUUUUUGUGACCACAGAUACACUCCAUGCUCUUAAAUGACCACAGAUCCAGGUCAGCCGACCACAGCACUUUACUAUCUACAAAGCAAUAACAGCUCUGUGAGGCUUUGCCCAUUCUCCAGAUAAAUAAUUUUGUUCAGGGCAGCACCUUCUCACUACAACCUGUGAUGAAGCAAGUAGAGGGAGAAGUCGUGUUACCCGUAGCUGAAGGUCAUCGGUCAUUGCACAAUAUAGAAAUUGCUGUUCUGUAAAAGCCUAUUAUGCUAUGCAUUGUUUUAAUUACCAUUGAUAAAAGAUAUUUUCAUAGUUUUUUCCAUUGUCAAUUCCUCUCUUUUGCAAGGGAGCAUGGUUAUGUAUAUUGUAUGUGUAUAAAUAUUAGUCUUGAAUAAUAACCUUUUAAAAUAAAGUCUCAUGUAGCCUUAUCCCUUCACAUGUUGUUGUUUUUUUAAUAUAUUAAAUGGAUGCCUGCACCCUAAUAAAGAAAGUGUUUGUA